GUGUGAAUAAAAGUAUUUAUAACUUUCAGUCAUCAAUAUAAAUUUUAUUAUUUGCUUUAUGCUUUUGAUUAAAAAGUACACUUAGCUACUUGGCGACUUAUCUAUCAUGUAAUCUAAAACUACUUUUAAUACGCGCACUCAGAUAAUAUUUUCACCACUUUUAAAAAGUCAGUGUAACAUGUAGUUCCCUAUUAACACAGGCUCCAAAAACAUCAUGCGAUGUUAUUUCUAGUAUAUUUUAUUACAAUUUUUGUAGCAGUAAUAAGUGACGAUUUGGUAGGAGUGACUUAUUAUUUUGACGAUAAUUAUUUGGACAUUUUUAGUGAAAAACAAUGUGUGAAUGCAAACCAGUGGAGUUUAGUGAGUUAUGAACAUUAUAAGGUAGUGCCGCCUUACGAAGGAAGAUCUGAAGCAAUUCGUGCUCUAGGAAAUAGUUGCGUUUCAUCAUUUCCUAUCUUAUUUCUGGAAGGAACCUUAGAAGUAACAGCUUACCUUCGAACAGUAUCUCAAUACAGUGGAAUAACUGUUACUGUGUUUGAUGAACAAGAUGAAGUUACAACGUCAGUUAAGUAUGAAGGGAUGAACAAGAAUUUAGUGCCAGGCUGGGUCAACGUAACAGUGCCUAUCAAAGUGCACACAUUGGGAUAUGUACAAAUAUAUGGAAAAAGUCUCAACACUGAAUUAGUCCUCGUCGACUCUCUGCAGUACAUUCCUGGUAACUUUACAUAUUCUCAAAGUGACAUAACAGAUCCAAGAAUUGCAAGUGGCAUAAAAAAUGCACCUCAUGCAAAUACAGAAGAGUUAAGUGAUUCUGAUGAGUUCAUUUUCGCUUUUGAUGAAGUAUAUACAGAUGGCGAUUUAAUAGAUGGGUCAGGUGAACCUGAUAACACUGAGGGACCAGAUACAGGUGCAAGCACUGAAGAACCAUCUCCGGGAGAUCGUGAAGAUCCUGAAAACAAUGGAUUUUGGAAUCCCUUCACUAUCACAAUUGUGUCAGUUGGUGCCUUUACGGUAGUAGGAUUGGUAGGCGUAGGAGCGUAUUACUUAGGGAAGAGCAGGGGUGUAAGCCCCGACCUUCCACUAGAUGUAGAAACACAAGAAGCUCCUAGUAUAAUUCCUCGAGCGAGAAGUGUUUUCUCGGAAGUUCCGUACGAUAGAUAUAGCUAGUGAGAUAAAACAAUAAUUCUAGUAUCAAAACACGUGUAAUAGUUUUAAUAAGGCCGAUAACAACGCUAGAUAAUUUUGACUAUACCAGCAGGCCUAGCACAUGAUUGCCGCGGGAGUAUGUCGCCGCGAGAUAGAUGACACAUCUUCUUCUAACUGUAUUAAUGACAUAAGGACGGGUAGUCUAUCUCGCGGCGACAUACUCUCGCGGCAAUCAUGUGCUAACCCUGCUGGCAGGCAAGCAUAGUCGCUCGGUAAAUGAUAAAUCAUCAGGCCGGCAGGCUUACGAAUAGUGCGAUAGGGAC